AUGCAGUGGUAUCAUAAAGCUCUACUUAGGAUUAUUGAUGCAGGAGAAAUACCACGUCAUGUAGCUAUUGUCAUGGAUGGGAAUAGAAGAUAUGCCAGGAAGGAGCAUUUGGAAUCAAUUACAAUGGGCCACAAAAUGGGCGCAGAUAAAUUAAAAGAAGUUAUAGAAUGGUUUUCAAAGUUAAACGGAAUUGAAAUGCUUUCAGUAUAUGCUUUCUCAAUCCUUAAUUUUCAGCGUGCACAACAGGAAGUUAAUGGAUUAAUGGAUUUGGCCGAGAGUACAUUUAAAGAACUUGCCGAUAAUCCUGAAUUUUUUACUAAAAAUAAUUGCAAGAUUAACUUUAUUGGCCGGAUUGAAAUGUUAGAACAAAGAGUUAUAGAUCAAAUUAACAGAGUUAAUCAGUUAGGACCAAAAAAUCCCAAAUUCAUUCUUAACAUAUGUGUUUGCUAUACAUCACAUGACGAAAUCGAACAUUCAAGAGACGAAUGUAUAGAAAAUCAAUUCGAACCGAACUACGAAAACGUUUUCAAACACCUCCAACUUCCUAUGAAAGUUGAUUUACUAAUCAGAACUAGUGGUGUUAUGAGAAUGUCAAAUUAUUUACUAUUGCAGUGUUCCGAUGCGAAUAUUAUAGUUACUGAUAAACUUUGGCCUGAGUUAUCUAUUUGGGAUUUAUCAUUCAUACUGAUUAAGCAUCAACUUAGAAAUUAUCUUCCUGAAUAA